AAGACUGCAACAGAUAAUCCAAUAGAAAUGGACACAUCACCUUUAGGUGCUGCUUUGGGAGAAUCUGCGUAAUUUUUCGGUUCCCCUUCUUGAGCCGUCAUUCCUGAGUUAUUACUUAGACUGAGUGAUGGUUUGUGUAAGUCUGUAAAAUAACAGUGCGUCAUACUUUGGGAAUCAAAAACAUUUUGCACCUGUGGGUGAUUUGGAUAUGGCGGUGGGCGCUCAGCUUUUAUCAGAGAAGUGUUUGGAUGUAUUAAAACAGUACAUAAUCUACUGUACAUGUAGUGUCAGUGGAAAAUGUCUGUGACGUUUAAUUAAUUUAUUGUUUCGUCGCUUGUGCUGAACAUGGUUCAUCUCCGCAAAGCCCCUAUUUUGCGCUCAGGAAUCCGUUUUCGUAGCCGCAGAACCGUGCGCGUCAGCAAACGCUGCGGUGCCCCGCGAACGAGACUUGAAACGGGCUUGACUCUCUGCUGACCGACGGUGGCUGCGCGCUCCGCGUGAUUCCUCCCACGCCCGCUCCUUCCCUGAAGGCGCCGGUGCAGCUUGAGUGAGGAGCCCAUCGGCUUGGACCGCAUCUCAGAGCCGCGGAGCUCCGCUCUGGACGCCGGCCAAGCCUGUCUGGUGUCAAACCAGCCUGAACAGAUACUCUCAGACAUCUCAUUUCUUCACCUCAUUCCUGAGACGGGACUGUGCCCACCCCUUGUGUAAAGCAAUUUGAACUUGAUAGCUCUUCAUCUGCCCAUCUCCACUGCAUGUCUCUGGCGGACUGUUAGACAGUCGCUAUUUAACUUCUCUCCCUCACAUGCUCGCUGCCACCGCGCACAAUCUGAGCCAGCUAUGGCUUUUAUCCGCGGAUCGUCCGUCCUCCGACUCUAGUCUAUUUUUAAAACAAGCUUGAUCCGGAGAUUUCACAUUUCUCCAAUGUUUUAUAUUUUUCUUUCAUCCGUGGAAAUGCUCCGUCCAAAUCCAUAAAGGAUCAACGUUUGGCUAAUAUGAACUUAUUGCCAAGUGGAGUAUGUUUUUAUUUAUCUAUAGGCAUCUGCUGGUUGACAGCCGAGGUCGAUGCGUCCUGGUGGUACAUGGGCACCCUGGGCUCCCAGGUAAUGUGCGACAACAUCCCUGGCCUGGUGAACAAGCAGCGCCAGCUAUGCCGCCAGCACCCCAAAGUGAUGCAGGCCAUUGGGGCCGGGAUGAAGGACUGGAUCUCCGAGUGCCAGCACCAGUUCCGCAACCACCGCUGGAACUGCAACACUAUGGCAAGGGACCACAACCUGUUUGGACGCCUGCUGCUACGCAGCAGCCGUGAGGUGGCCUUCGUCUACGCCAUCUCCUCCGCCGGAGUGGUUUACACUUUGGCACGAGCCUGCAGCCAAGGUGAGCUGGACUCCUGCUCCUGCGAUCCCACUAAGAAGGGCUCGUCGCGGGACUCCAAGGGCUCCUUCGACUGGGGCGGCUGCAGCGAUCACGUGGAGCACGCCAUGCGCUUCAGCCAGACCUUCGUGGACGCCAAGGAGAGGAAGGAGAGGGACGCUCGGGCACUCAUGAAUCUGCACAACAACCGAGCUGGCAGGAAGGCAGUGAAGCGCUUCAUGACUCUGGAGUGUAAAUGUCACGGCGUCAGCGGGUCGUGCAGCGUCCGGACGUGCUGGUUGGCCAUGGCCGACUUCAGACGCACCGGCGACCACCUACGAAAGAGGUACAACGGCGCCGUGCAGGUGGCAGUGAACCAGUACGGCACCGGGUUCACCGCCGCGCACACACACUUCAAACGUCCCAACAAGAAUGACCUGGUCUACUUUGAGGACUCACCAGACUACUGCAUACGGGACCACGAAUCAGGGUCCGUGGGGACGGGAGGGCGAAUCUGCAACCGGACGUCCCGCGGCGUGGACGGCUGCGAGGUGAUGUGCUGCGGCCGGGGCUACGACACGUCCCGGGUCAGCCACACCACCAAGUGCGAGUGCAAGUUCCACUGGUGCUGCGCCGUCCACUGCCGCGACUGCCACCAGCAGGUGGACGUGCACACCUGCAAGGGCCAGACGUGACCUGGCCCACGCCGGCGCUACUGACACUGAACCCGGCGGUCGCACUGCUCAUCCAAACCGCUGCCUUCCUGCUGAAGCUACACGUUUGUUUGUGACGAUCACAAGGACGCCCCUGAGUCCACGCGCACCGCUAAGCCCUCACCUCGGUGGUCCCAUCAAACAGUAGGUCUGUGUCCGGCCACGGUCUGUCCUCUGCUCUUCUCCGCUCCUAACCAGAUGCAUCACUUCCGUCUCCUGAAAGACACUGCUUCUAAAGCGCUUCACAGCAGAUGAACAGUAGAGAUCUUUAAAAAGCGGAUCAGCCUCAUUCGUUCAAACGUUUUAAAAUGUUCCCUCCCGGCCUUCUGUUCUUCUUGAAGCCUGCUUCAGGUUCCAGGUGAGACCAGAACCGGUCCUGGUGUAGGAUUUGACGGUGGCUCAAGUUGAAAAUAAGAAGCUGUAAAUGUGGAGGAAAGUUACAGUGACCACAGAGCUUAUGUUAGAUGUAGAGUCGACUGUAGUUUGGUCAAAUCAGCAGGGAGACGUUCAAGGUCUCUUCACUCAGCAUUCUUUGACAACUUGCGUUCUUUGUCUUGAGCUUAAGGUUUGUUUUAGACGCACCUUCCAUUAUUAUCUGCAACUCAUUUAUAGCAUCACUGCAAGGUCACUGUGCGCAAGUUAGUUCUUCUCCUGUAUGGUCUCAGUUUUAAAGUAUAAUUUGAAUUCCUCACAGAACAUAAAUGUGAUUUCUGUCAGUG